CUGCGUUCAUUACCCACAAUCGCUUGCUUCACCCGAGAAGUUUGUCGUUUGUUUACUGACUGAAUUCAAGGGGUUUUGCGUUAUUAUUUCUCUUCUGAGAGUCCUGUGAAAAGGAGCCAUGGCGCAGUAUAAAGGAGCGGCCAGUGAAGCGGGGAGAGCGAUGCAGCUCAUGAAGAAGAGAGAAAGAGAGCGAGAACAGCUCGAGCAGCUCAAACAGAAGAUCGCAGAGGACAACAUGGUGAAGUCCAACAUUGAUAAAAAGUUCUCUGCUCACUAUGAUGCUGUGGAGCAAGAGCUCAAAUCCAGCACUGUUGGUCUGGUGACUCUGAAUGACAUGAAGGCAAAACAGGAAGCUCUGGUGAAAGAACGAGAGAAACAGCUUGCCAAGAAAGAGCAGUCCAAGGAGUUGCAGCUGAAACUGGAGAAACAGAAAGAGAAGAAAAGAAAGGAAGAGCAGAAAAGGAAGAUUGCCAGUUUAUCCUUCAAUCCGGAUGAAGGAGAGGAUGAAGAGGAGGAGGAGGAGGAGGAAGAGGAGGAGGAGGAUGAAGAAAUUGAGGAGGAGAUAUGCCUACCUGUAAAAAAGAAAAAACUAGGGAAGAACCCAGACGUGGACACCAGUUUCCUGCCGGACAGGGACAGAGAAGAAGAAGAAAAUCGUUUAAGAGAAGAGCUCAGGCAGGAGUGGGAAAGAAAACAAGAGAAGAUCAAAAGUGAAGAAAUUGAAAUCACUUUCAGCUACUGGGAUGGCUCAGGGCAUCGGAAAACUGUCAAGAUGAAGAAAGGCAACACAAUCCAGCAGUUUCUCCAAAGGGCCCUGGAAGUUUUGAGAAAAGACUUCAGUGAGCUUAGAUCAGCAGGAGUGGAGCAUCUAAUGUACAUUAAAGAGGAUUUGAUUAUCCCACAUCACCACAGCUUCUAUGAUUUUAUUGUGACAAAGGCACGAGGAAAAAGUGGUCCCCUUUUCAAUUUCGAUGUGCACGAUGACAUUAGGCUGGUGAAUGACGCCACUGUUGAAAAAGAUGAGUCUCAUGCAGGAAAAGUGGUGCUGAGGAGCUGGUAUGAGAAAAACAAGCACAUCUUCCCGGCCAGUCGCUGGGAACCUUACGAUCCCGAAAAGAAAUGGGAUAAAUACACAAUUCGGUGAGAUGCCGCACCGAUGUGACCUGCAGAGUUCCAAAACCAUCGUUCUCAUUCGUUGGUUUUAUUGACUCUGGGCAGCAGAAUGCUUCUUCACGUGUAGCAUUUUAGACCAUCAGUAACUCUUUUCACCCACAUUUUCAUUGUAUAUAGGAGAAGAUGAGGCAUAAACUGGUUGUGAAUUUAGUUUUUUGUCAUACACUUGUGUUUGAUAUAAACAACUAGGUCUUUUGUUUUUCUGCAACUGAUAUUGAUAAUUGUAAUUAAUGAAGUGUUUCAUUCAUCUAUUAAAAAAAAAAAAUCAGUCACUCUCGUAAA